UUGAUUUCAACCAUUUCCUCCCUGCAACAUGCAGUUUACCUCUCAAGAAGUGGAGGAAAUUAUCGUAUUUGAGGAAGUGGAGAAGGAGUUGGAGAGUGUUGAAAAGUCGUUCGAAUCCGGGGACAUGCAGUCCUUCGGCCGAAAUAAAAAAGACAUUAUAGAUCAAUUCGAUAAAUUCCGACAUUACGACGAAGAAGUGUUCCGCCAUCACUGCGACGCAGUCAUUGGAGCCCAUCUCGUGGCAACGGCAGAUAGUGAAGGAGAGAAGGAUGGGGAUGACAGCAUUGAAAAGCGGAAAGCGCAGCUGCUGCAAGCAAGGAACAGCAUUCAGAUGAAGGUUUGCUUCGUGUUUGAAUGUGACUUGUAGACAGGCGAACUACGUAAAUUAGUGUUUGUGUAGGAGAUUGGCAUUCGAUGUAGAAACGAAAUUAACGGAAUUAUUGCAGAAAGUAAUGGCU